UCGUAACAUUUAAAACAAAAUAACUUUCAAAAAGUAGUUAAAUCUUUAUCCAAGAAGUACUUUUCGGUAUUAUCAAUGAAGCAUCCGCGCUUGUACGCUGAAAAUUAUUGGAGAUGAAAAUAGACGUCGCGGUGCGAACGCGUAAUAUAUUUCAGUUUUACGUAUGAUGGCGCCGUGAGCGUCUCACGCUCCGGCCAUGGUGAGCCACAGAUGGACGUUUGCUCUUAUUUCAAUCGGAAUUCUUACUCUAGUGUCAGUUAGCGCGUUCCGGGUGCGACUCGCCCAUGAAAGCAAACCAGAUUCCAAAAAACAGUGUGAUUCAUGUGAUGUGAAUGAUGUUAACCUUGGUCAAAAGCAAAGUAAACUCAGUAGUAAGCGCAUGUUUGAAGAUUUAAAAAAACUAGUUAAAGAAAAACUUAAACCAGAAUUAGAUAGCAAAUUAAGAGAUGGCGAAGAAAGUGAUGAGGAUGACGAUGAUUUGAGUACUUUAAAGAAAAAUAUACUUAGUGAUAGUAAAAGUAAGUUGAGUACAAAAAUCAAAACGCGAAUUAUCGACGACGACAAGGAAAAUGAUGAUGAAGAUGAUAGAAAAUCCGAUGAAUUUAGUUCUGAAAAUAUCAAGAAAAAAACAAUACAGGCUGAUAGUUUGAAAGUAGGUCCCAAGCAGAGUAAAAAUCUCGUAAGCGAGAAACGUUCUAAUGAUAAAGACGACGACGAUGAUGAUGACGACAAAGAUGAUAGUGACGAUGAUGUAAGUGUAAUGGAUGAAAGCGAUGAUGAAAUUGAAGAUGAUAAAGAAAUCGAUGUAGUUAAUGAGAAAGAUUCAAAACAAGAAACGAAAAUCAUAAAACCUGUGUCAAAAGCAAAAGCUACUCCAAUCAUGAAGCUUGCAGAAAAAGAACCAGUAGUAGUAAAACAACAAAAAAUUCAAAUAGCUGAGAAAGUUGUAGAAAAUUUAAAGCUGGAUAAGAAGAAAGAUAUAAAAGACGAAAAAGAUAGUGCGAAAAAAACGGCACCUAAGGAAGUGGUUAAAGAACCAAAGACAAUAAUAGUAAGUAAAGAGAAAUCACCUAAGACAGAGUCAGAUAAGAAAGGAUCGGAUGUAAAGUCAGAGGAUGGUCUAGAAAAAAUAAAAGUAAAAUCACACAUAGAAGCUGGAAAACUCCAAAGUCAUAUAAUUUCUAAAGAACCUCUUCCACAAUCAAAAAUAGUUGACGAUGUAAAAGUCGAAAAAGUUCUUAAAAAAGAAUCUAAAACUGACUCGAGACAAAUCCUUAAAGAAGAUGUUGCAAAGGAAAAAAAUGAAAAAAAGGAUAGUAAAAUAAAGCCGUUUACUGAUGCAUUGCAGAGAAAAAAUUUACUUCAAAGCGAAUUCGAGGAUUUUUAUGCAUUUUUUCCAACGUUUGCACCGAAUUUUUCACGCGUACAUAAUCCGGAGUGUCGGCGACAUGGACAAAUAUUGCUGAGGCAGUUACGUGGGACUAAACUUUGGGCAUUAAAUAUGCUCGAUGCAACAGCGAAAAUCCCCUCGGGGAUACUCCAAGGUAAUGGAAUCCAGCUUGGCGACUUUGACCAGUGUUUGGAAAGCCGGGCUCGAGUGCAGUUGGAAACUGGGAGCGUCGUCAAAGUCCAGGGAAAAUAUUGCUUGGCAGUAAUGGAUGUUAAGGCUGAGCAUCCAACUUUAGAGGUCCCUGUGGACCUUUUGCAAGGCAGGAAUCUUAUUAAGAGCAGGGUCGAUGAUCCAGGUCACUUCGUACCAAGAUUCUCAACGUUGAGCUGGGGCUUGUGUGUUCCAUCACCGUGUAACGCUGAUGAUGUAGAAAUCAUGAUAAAGGACGCAAUUAAGCAUUAUAAUAAAUUGGGAAUUUCUGUACGCGUACAAGUUGAUGAUAAUGACUGCCAUGUUCAGAAGAAAGGGGAUUGGUGGGAGGAAUGGUUGGAAAUCCCUACGCUAUUGACAUUAUCUUUUUAUGCUGUGAUUCUACUGAUCGUUCUGUAUGCAACGAUUCAAGACCUAUUAGGUGAUAGAACUGGAAAAGAUGAAAGCAAUGGUGAAGAUGAUGAUAAAGUGCAAGAUACCGAAGUUACUAAGAAAUCAGAUGGAUUCAUAAACGCGUUCUCUCUAACGCGCACAAUGAAGAAGCUGGUGGCACCCGCGGGCUCCGACGAGAUCCCGAGCAUACAUGGUCUCAGAGCCAUUUCUACAAUCGCCCUUAUAGCAGCUCAUAAGUUCCUGCCUGUCGCUCAUAUGCCGUAUACGAAUCGAGUUAAAAUAGCUGAGAUGGUAUCUUCCCCACUCUGGUCGUGGUACCGAGUGGGCUGGGUGUUCACGGACUGCUUUCUCCUCUUGAGCGGGACUCUUACUGCAUAUCGAACUUCUACUAAAACAAGUGCUUUUAAUAAAUUGGCGUCGAGGUAUUUGAGGUUAACUCCAGCGCUCUUAGCUAUUUUAUGGUUUUACGCAUACAUCUGGGAUCACAUCUCAAUCGGCCCGCGAUGGGGAAGCCUUGUGACGAAGAACGCACAAAUAUGCCAAGAUGGCUGGUGGUGGAAUAUGUUCUAUUUGCAGAAUUAUUUCGGCUUGGAGAAUAUGUGCGCCCCACAAACACACCAGCUAGCGCUGGACAUGCAGCUGUCGUUCCUCGGCAGUGUGCUAGUAUGGGCGAUACAGGCAGAUGUGACAGGCGCGAGAUGGGCCAUGCCUUGCAUACAUUUGUACGCCGCUUACUCGAGAUACACCAUGUUCAGGGACCACCGACUGACUAUGAUUGCUUACCAUGGAGUUAGCGUAAAACAGCUGUACCGUACUGGGCUAAUGAGCUACACGUCCAUUUUACAUCGAAGCACUUCGUACUUGAUCGGGAUCAGCUUGGGAUUGGCACUUAGGAACCCGGCAUCGAAUAAUAAGCUCAUCACUAUCCUUGGCUGGCUCACCAGCUCCACCCUCUGGGGUCUCGUACUGUGGGCGGGGUCCGAUACCGGCUCGUUCACUUACCAGUACAACCAGACGUUCGCGGCGCAGUACGCGGCGCUCGUGCCGAUAGCGAGCGCGCUGGCCUUCGCGUGGCUGGUGUAUGCGGCGCACAGUGGGUAUAGCGAAACCCUGUCCAAUGUUCUAUGCAGCCGACCGCUUCUAUUCAUCAGUCGAAUAUCUUACGCUCUCUAUUUAACCCAGUUUAUCGUCUUUCUGACUAGCGCCGCUACGGUCAAGACUUCCAGGGAAUUUAAUAUUUUAACUGUAUUCGAGUUUCAAGAAAUCGCUGCCAUAUUUGUAUCGGCGAUCGUUCUCACUCUCACACUGGUUAUUCCGAUGCAAUCCCUCCCAAACGUUAUUUUCAGAGAAAGUAAACACGAAGAGGAAAAUACAGAAUCAGAAGCCAAAUAUGAAUCAAACGAAGUACACGAAAAAUCUCAAGCAAAAGAAGAAAGAAUGGAAGAACCACCAAAAAGAAGAUCAUUAGUUGCUCAUAGAGAAGUGCUUGAAGAAAUACCUGAAGCCGAAGUAGAAUAUGAGAUACAAAGAGAAAGAAGUCUAGAAGAGAUUAUGGAAGAAGAUGACAAUUUAGAAGAGGAAGAUAGGAUAGAUGAUCUAGAGAUCAUUGAAGAGGAGCAAGGAGAGGAAGAUUGGGAAGGAGAAGAGAUAGAAGGGAAUGGAGAAGAGUUGGAGGCAAAUGGAGAGGAGUUGAGAGGAGAAGAUCGGGAUCUCGAUGAGUGGGAGUGGGCGAACGGGAACCGAAGCGGUGCUCAAUAUUAUCGAUACAGCAGAUAGCUGAAAUAAAUAAAUUUGAUUGUAAAA